AUGCGUGGUGAAGAUGUGCGCAAAGUAGAUGUACAAGUUGCAGUUACACAAGCAGAGCCUGCUUGGCCCGGUCUCACCGGAGCAAAUAAGGCUGGACUGGUUGUCUUUCCGGAGCGUUGUGUUCCCCGUAUUGGAUAUGACUUGGCCAAGAACAAUGCAAUCGCCGUAUCCUUGGUGUUCGCUGAAGACAACAACCACUCGCUAUAUACCGCGCAGGUAACGAUUGGGGCCGACGGCGAGAUCAAGUGCCACAGACGGAAGAUGAAGCCCAUGCACAUGGAGCGUACCGUCUUCGGCGACACCUCGGGCCACUGUCUGAGCAGCGUUGCUCAAUUACCCCUCGCCCGCAUCGUCGCUUUAUCAUGCGGGGAGCACACGGAACCGCUGCUGAAAUUCAACACGAUUGCGCAGGAGGAGAUCCACGUCGCUGCCUGGUCCAGACUAGACCCUCAUCCUGGGGGAGACAUAGUGUGGUCCAUGCCUGUCGAAGGAUGUGAGACAAUCUCUAGAGCGCACGUAGUCGAGGCCUGUGUCUUCAUCCUACACUGCGCGCCCAUGAUAUAUGAAAAAAGUGUCUAUGCAAGGGGCACGACCGGUAGCCCUAUCUUCUCCACCCCAGGGGGCGGUGGGUCUGCCGUCUUCAGGCCUGAUGGCAGGCGGCUUACGAAUCCUCUUAAUUGCGCAACCGAGGGCAUUAUGUAUGCGAACUUGGCUGUGGAUUUGAUCCUCGAGGCCAAGAUGUUGCUGACUGUACAGGUCAUACAGUCGACCUGA